AUGUUUCCGAUCCGACAUGGGAUCCGAGUAUGGAAUUGUUCGACCUGGGUACUUUUUGAUGAUGUGUUACCAUUCCAAAAGAUUUUCUCUCAACACCUUGCUCAUACUUUACCUCGACUGAAAAUAUUGGAAAUAAUCAACGAACUCGAACAAGAACAGAAAGCGAAAGAAAUCACAUUGAACAUCAAUCUCGUUGGUUUUCAUCAUUUAACUACACUUAUUUUAUAUGAUAUUCAUAUGGAUUAUGCUGAAAAAUUUCUUUGUCAAAUUCAUCUUUCGUCUCUAGUGAAACUUGCUAUUAAAAAACAUAUCUUAUUAACGAUAGUGCAACAAAAUCAUCCACAAGCAAGAGAUAAUUGCUUACGAAUUGGAGAACUACGAACAUCAGAACCUUCUUAUGAAAUUAUACAUACGAUUCAACAAUUUUUUCCACUAACUGACUAUGUCAAACAUAAGAAUGAGUAUUGA